AUGCUGAGAGAUCCAUCCCAUUCACCAUUACGGACCACAGGUUUUGAAAUCGCUCCCCGUACUAAGGAUAACGAACUCUAUUGCAUCGCAUAUGGGACCGUGGCUGAGAGGUUCUCGUACGAAUGGUCUCUCCCUCGUGAGGGUGUGGUGAGGAUUCUCUUGAGUGAAUGGAGGGUCUCGCAGUCUCGAAUGAUUAACACGAUGGAACCCGAGAACAUGGUCGUCGAUGGAGGGAAAUAUUGCCGAUUUUGGUUUAAUCCGGAAUUCGCUGGAGUUGCUGAACUUGCAAUGAUCAUGGCACAGGAAAAAAAAGCGCGACGAGGAGAGUAUGCGUCAGAUCAAGCCCAGUCGGAAGAAGAAGCUCACCCGGAACAACCCACAGACUUCGAUAGGGUUUCUCAAAUCGGUCACUCGAAAAAUUCCCAAUCUGUAAUACGAGACACAACCGUAGAAGAAGAAGAUUUGUCUGGUAACGAAGAAGAGGAAAACGUAGGUUUUUUACUGAUUACAUUUCGUCAUCGAGUAUGUGAAUGUAUUUCUAAACCCAUUGGUAAACUUUUGUUGAAUCUACCGGAUGACGAGGAGGAUCCCCAUUCUCAAGACAAGGAGAACCCAGAUGAUGGGAACAAAGGAACCGGGAAAGAACAAGCUCAUCAACCGGAACAACAGACAGUCGGUGAAGAUGGUGACGGAAAUAUUUAUUCGUAUGAACACGACUCUCUACCACUUCCACCAGAGAAAUUUUACUUCAGUCCGAAGCAAUAUAGGAAUAGUUGCAAGAUAUCAUCGAGAUGUUAUGUGAGGGAAAUUGUGGCUGCGAUUAAGAAGUACCCCAAUGAAUUGGAGUUCUUCACAAGGCAUCCGCAGUUCAAGCAUAUAUUUCACAUCGCAGAGGAGCCAAACCGCAAAUCACAGGGACUAUGGAUGCUGCUACUUCAUCAUGCCUCGACUGAGAUAGAGAAUGAGUUGUGGUUUGUGGUAAAUGGAGUACCUAUUAGGUAUUCUAUCAAAGAGCAUGCGCUGUUAACUGGGUUAGAUUGCCAUGAUUACCCAACCAACUACAACAAUUUAAAGGAUCCGGAAAAAGGAGAUUAUAAGUUUGUAGAGAGGUGGUUUAAAGGAUCCAGGAGGAUUACUGUCGCAGAUGUGGAAAAGAAACUAGUUGCAAUGAAGAGCACGGUAAACAAGAAGAAGAUGGCGCUCUUGUAUUAG